AUGGCGCUUAACAUUAUAAAUGAUGUACAUUCUUCUGUUGAAUACCCUUUCCGAGUUGGGGAGUUGGAGUACGCAGUAAUUGAUCUCAAUCCAAAGCCCAUGGAACCAAUCAUUUUAAUUGGGCGAAGUGGGACAGGGAAGACUACUUGCUGCUUGUAUAGACUUUGGAAGAAAUUCUAUUCAUACUGGGAAAAAUCCACCUUAGCAAAUGGUCCUCUGCUGGAGAGGCAAACAUGGCAGCAAAGACAGUGCAGUGAAGCUGAAAAAGCUAGUUUAGAGAAGGAAGAGAGAGAACUAAAACAGGACAGUGAUGAUUCAAGUGAGGAGCAGGUGAGUGACGAGCAAGACGAGGACAGUGAGGAUGAAAAGGUUCCUGCAGGCACAGCUGGUGCAGAAAUGAAUUCAUGUGAUGACCAUGAAGAAGACCAAAUGCAUAGCGCAGAAGAAUCAAACAGGCUGGAGCACCUGCACCAGAUCUUCGUGACAAAAAAUCCUGUCUUGUGCCAAGAAGUUCAGAAGAAUUUCAUUGAGCUUAGCAAGUCUUCCAAGGUAACCAGUCACUUCAAGGCUCUGGAGCCAAAUGUUCACAAGCUACAAGACAUUAAAGAUGAGAAUUUUCCGCUGUUUGUCACCUCCAAGCAGUUGUUGCUGUUACUGGAUGCAUCCAUGCCUGACCCAUUUUUUCCAAGAAACGAAGAUGGAAGCCUUAAAAGAACCAUUGUUGGUUGGAGUCCUCAGGAAGACUUGGUGGUACCAAACUGGCAAGAUGAGGAUGAAGAAGGUAAUAUUGAAGCAGAACAUGGUGAUGAUGAAGGAGCUGCAGAUGCAUAUUCUAGGGAAAGUGAUCCACGGACUUUUGUGACUUACAAUGUAUUUGCAAAUGAAAUAUGGCCAAAAAUGAUAAAAGGUAAAAGCUUGUACAAUCCAGCACUGGUUUGGAAAGAAAUAAAGUCAUUUCUGAAAGGCUCUUUUGAGGCACUGAGUUGCUCUGGGGGUAAACUUACUGAGGAGCAGUACAAAAAGCUAGGCCGAAAGAGAUCACCGAACUUCACAGAAGACAGGAGUGAAAUCUAUCACCUCUUUUGUCUUUAUCAGCAGAUACGAUCGCAGAGAGGUUACUUCGAUGAAGAAGAUUUGCUGUAUAAUUUAUCUCAAAGACUCUCAAAGCUCAGGGAGCUACCAUGGUCCAUCCAUGAGUUCUAUGGUGAUGAGAUACAGGAUUUCACCCAAGCUGAGCUAGCACUGUUGAUGAAAUGCAUCAAUGACCCUAAUGCCAUGUUUCUAACUGGUGACACUGCCCAGAGCAUAAUGAAAGGAGUUGCUUUUCGUUUUAGUGAUCUGAGGUCACUGUUUCAUUACGCAAGCAAGAACUCCAUGAACAAGAAGCAGCGUGUUAGAAAACCGAAAAGGAUAUAUCAGUUAUACCAGAACUACAGAUCCCAUUCAGGUAUUCUCCGUUUAGCAUCUGGAGUGGUUGAUUUGCUUCAGCAUUAUUUCCCGGAAUCUUUUGAUCGGCUUCCUAAGGACUGCGGUCUCUUUGAUGGACCAAAACCUACGGUCUUGGAGUCCUGCAGUGUCAGUGACCUAGCAAUUCUGCUGAGGGGCAACAAAAGGAAAACACAACCCAUUGAAUUUGGAGCACAUCAG